CGGUCACCGCUGCCCCACUUGGGCCGCCAGAGCCGCCCUCUGGACCCCCGGUGCCCACUGUCCACCCUCAUCCGGCGUGAGAGCCGCCUUCCGUUCCAUCCAUCCACGGAAUCUCAUGGAAGCCGCUGAACUCCUUCUAUAGGGCCGGUCUUUUCCGUUUUCAUACGCGAGAAACUGAGGCUCAGGGAAGCGAAGUGACCUGCCCGAGCUUGCACAGCAAGUGGGCUGCAGCUCCUGCCCUCCGUCCCGGCCCCGGCGUGGUGAGCGAGACAGAAGCGGUCUGCGUGGGGGGGCCUCCAGGCCUCGGCUCGCAGCACCCGGGCGCCAGCUCCAACUGCAGCCGGAAGCCUCGGGUCCGGGGCCCAGACGCAGGCCGCCUGGGGUCUGAGCCUCCAGAUCUCGGCCUUUCGGUCGUCGGCGGCGCAUAACCGUCCUGUUUCUCGUCCUGAAGAUUGCGGCUUUUUGGCCUCGCCGCUCUCAACACUUUCUGGGACCCUAGGGGACCGAGGGGGCGGGGCCAGGACGCCAGACGGCUCCUGCCUCAGUUUUUCCAUCUGAAAAGCGGAGAGUGACCACGACGUUCCCCAGCGCAGAGCGACAGCUCAGCCCGGCUCGGCCAGAGGACGCCUUUGUCCCUAGGGCUGCGGGGCGGCCCCGGCCCCCGCCCGCGCCCAGCCCGGUGCAGGCGCAGCUCGAGAGCAGGGAAGGUCCCUUGCACCCCAGGGCGGACGCCGCGGGCAUGGACUAUUCGUACGACGAGGACCUGGACGAGCUGUGCCCUGUGUGUGGGGACAAGGUGUCAGGCUACCACUACGGGCUGCUCACAUGCGAGAGCUGCAAGGGCUUCUUCAAGCGCACGGUGCAGAACAACAAGCACUACACGUGCACCGAGAGCCAGAGCUGCAAGAUCGACAAGACGCAGCGCAAGCGCUGUCCCUUCUGCCGCUUCCAGAAGUGCCUGACCGUGGGGAUGCGCCUGGAAGCUGUCCGUGCUGACCGCAUGCGGGGUGGCCGGAACAAGUUUGGGCCCAUGUACAAGCGGGACCGGGCCCUGAAGCAGCAGAAGAAGGCACAGAUUCGAGCCAAUGGCUUCAAGAUGGAGACGGGCCCCCCAGUGGGGGUGCCCCCACCACCUCCUCCCCCACCGGACUACAUGCUAACCCCCAGUCUACAUGCGCCAGAGCCCAAGGGCCUGGCCUCUGGUCCACCUGCUGGGCCACUGGGCGACUUCGGGCCUCCAGCACUGCCCAUGGCCAUGCCUGGUGCCCACGGGCCCCUGGCCGGCUACCUCUACCCCAGCUUCCCUGGCCGGGCCAUCAAGUCCGAGUACCCAGAGCCCUACGCCAGCCCGCCGCAGCCUGGGCCGCCCUACGGCUACCCGGAGCCCUUCUCCGGAGGGCCUGGCGUGCCGGAGUUCAUCCUGCAGCUACUGCAGCUGGAGCCGGACGAGGACCAGGUGCGGGCGCGCAUCCUGGGCUGCCUGCAGGAGCCCACCAAGGGCCGCUCCGACCAGCCCGCACCCUUCAACCUCCUGUGCAGGAUGGCCGACCAGACCUUCAUCUCCAUCGUGGACUGGGCACGCAGGUGCAUGGUCUUCAAGGAGCUGGAGGUGGCCGACCAGAUGACGCUGCUGCAGAACUGCUGGAGUGAGCUGCUAGUGUUCGACCACAUCUACCGCCAGAUGCAACAUGGCAAGGAGGACAGCAUCCUGCUGGUCAUCGGGCAGGAGGUGGAGCUGAGCACGGUGGCCGCGCAGGCCGGCUCCAUGCUGCACAGCCUGGUGCUGCGGGCGCAGGAGAUCGCGCUGCAGAUGCACGCGCUGCAGCUGGACCGCCAGGAGUUCGUCUGUCUCAAGUUCCUCAUCCUCUUCAGCCUGGACGUGAAGUUCCUGAACAACCACAGCCUGGUGAAGGACGCUCAGGAGAAGGCCAACUCUGCCCUGCUCGACUACACCCUGUGCCACUACCCGCACUUCGGGGACAAGUUCCAGCAGCUGCUGCUGUGCUUGGUGGAGGUGCGGGAGCUGAGCACGCAGGCCAAGGAGUACCUGUACCACAAGCACCUGGGCAACGAGAUGCCCCGCAACAACCUGCUCAUCGAGAUGCUGCAGGCCAAGCAGACUUGAGCCGGGGCCAGGCGGGGCGGACCAGGACCCGGCGGGGGCGGGGCCACAGCCACCCCCCCAGGCCCUCCCGAUGGCUUCUUUUAAUCUGCCGACCCAGGAGCCCCGCCCUGUCUGUAGGCUGAUGCCCCUGAGCUCUUGGAAGCCCCGUGUUUGGGAAGCGGGUGAGGGCAGUGGGGCCUGGCUGCGUUGGGGUGGCCCCCACUAGCCACCGGCACUUGCCUGCCACUCAAGAGUGUCCCCAGGUGGUGGCUGCCGACCACCCCCUGCCCCUCCCCCUGCUCCCAGCUCCCCGCCGUCUGUGCUGGAGCCUGGAGCACAGGCCCGGGGAGCAGGUUCAGGAACCCCUGGUGGGCCUUGGCGCCCCUUGGGUCAGAGGUCAUCCCCUCCCUUCUCCUGGAAACAGAGGUAGAAAGGGGUUGAAUGGCACCACCUGGGGGAGCGGGGGUCUCCAGAGUCCCCUCAGAGGGACCGGGAGGAAAGUCCUCUGUUUUGUGACCCGGGGAUAACUGGGUUUGUGAAGCUGGACGGGGCCUAUCGGGUCCUGGGGGGCCCUGGGGGCCCGGCUAGGACAGAAAGAACCCCUCCCCAGUCCUCUGCCCCAUUUGGCCUCGAAGGGGAGAACUUUGACUUGUUAUCCGGAAAGAAUUUUGCUACAAUCGUCUUUCUGCCCCCCUCCCACGGGAGGAGAAGUUUGGCACACUCGACAUUCUAGCCCCGCCCACAGCUGGCCCGGCCAGGCUGGUAUUUAUCUGCAAGGCUGCGCAAGGCAGUCGGGAAGAGGUUUUUUGCUUUGUUUUGUUUCUGAAUCUAGAUGCUCCUUGAAAGGUGUGUGUGUGGUGGGUAGGGGACAGAUUUGAGGAUUGAGGCUGGGGUGUGGGGAUUAGCACCGAAUACAGUCCAUGCCCCCCGACACACACACCCCCUCAUACCAAGGACCCCACCGAUGGUGCUGGGUCACUGUUUCUGGGACCCCCUCACUCAGUGAUCAGCAGCAUGCCCUGUGGGGGUUCACAGACUCCGUGGGUGGGAAUAUGGGCGACUUUGGGGAGGGUGUAUGGUUCUCCAGAUCAGGGACAUUGCUAGUAAG